GAACAACGCCAACGCCCAAAACAACGUACAAGAAUAAAGUAUAGAAAAACUAAAUUGAUCUUUAGUGUUAGUCAAUAAGUAAAAAUAUUGUUUUACAUUUGUUGUGAGUGCAUCGUCAGUAACUAUUUGUCACAUUCAGUUCACGAGUUAAGGACAUAUUCACUUGUUUUAGAGACAAUGAAGAACCGAAGCUUAGCUGGCAACUGUGGCAUUGGUGUGUUCGUUAUUGCCCUUGUGACAGUGGCAUUGGCAUUUGGCACGCCUAGUUGGUUGGUCAGUGACUAUAGAAUACGAGGGGCCAGGCUCGACAGAUUAGGUUUAUGGAGCCAUUGCUUCAGAUCACUACCUGAUCCCUUAGACCAGUACCAACGACGCUUUUUCGUGGGAUGUAGGUGGGUGUAUGAUCCAUUUACAACUGGAUAUGACCGAAUACGCGGCUACUUACUUCCUGGUUUCAUGAUAGCAACACAAUUUUUCUUCACAUUGUGUUUGAUUGGUGUACUGAUAUCUACGGUAUUAGUUCUCAUCUUCUUUUUAUGUUGUGGACCCGAUCAGAGAAGAUUCAUACUCAUAAUACGAUCUAUAGGCUACAUUUUGCUAGCUGCAGGUAUUAGCGGAGCAAUAGCAGUCAUAGUUUUUGCGUCAUUGGGCAAUACCGAUGGAUGGAUGCCAGAUCAUCCUAAUAACUACUUGGGAUGGUCUUUCGGUCUAGGUGUCGUUGGGGCAAUUGCUUGCCUUAUCUGCUCAGCACUUUUUUUGACCGAAGCCAGUAUUCAAACUAAGAAACGUAAUAGAUUCAAGGAAUCUCAAGCUCGUUUCGAAAUGGAACAUGAGUCAAAAGCGUAACAAGCAAUGCAAAAUUGCAAUCACUUAAUUAAUUAGGAUUCGUUCAACAAAUGCCCUCCUAUUCACGUUAAAGGCCAGUGAUAUUUUGAUCAAGUAAUUAUUCCAGUGCCUUUUCAAGUGAUUGUUUUAUUGAUUGUAAAUAAUAUAAUAUGUUUUACAACGAUAGAAACUGAAUGUACGGUUUAUACAUAUGACAGUUUGAAGACACGUUAUGGUCGUUUUGAUAUAUACAUUUUUAUGAAAAUAUUGUUUUUGACGUUUUUGAUGAUAUUAAAGAUGUUUUUAAACUUUGCCAUAACACUAACUUAUAAAACGAACUUUGACUUCGACUAAGCAAAGGUGGCAAGCUAAGCAAGUUUUUCGUAUAUACAAAACGAACUUUGGCUAAGUUUAAGCAAAAAAUCAAAUUAAACUCUUAGUUUACAUCGUAAUUAAUUUAUUGUUUGCCUAAAGCAAAGUUAGUUUUGCAAAUUCGAAAAUUUGCUUAGCUCGCCAUUUUUUUACUUAGUCGAUGUCAAAUUUCGCUUAAUAAAUUUCAGCGUAAGUGUGAAUCUAUGUCGCGAACGUGAAUCUUGAUUUCGUCCUAACGUCCGUGACAUUUGUCUGUGAGCUUGCUGUUUAGCUAAUGUAUUUUUCGGCCCUAAUAUUAAUUGCACAAGAUCUGAUAAUUUUACAAUGUAAGUACAUAAAUUUUAAUACAAAAAAUGUAACUUAAAAGACUUUCUUAAAAUGUACCUAAUUUAUAUUCCGUCCAUAUUUU